UAACGACACAACGUUUUCUGGAAUCGACUAUAAUAGAGUUUUUUUUUUUUUACAUUUUAAUUGUCAUACAAGAAGAAGACAGAAGGCGAGAAAAUGGGACGUACCGCAAUACCUAUAUUGAUGGCUGUGCUGUCCCACUGCAUGUGGAGAAACAUCGAGGCCCUGGCCAUGACUGAGGUGAAUGGACCAGGCCCCCUGGCGGCAGAACCACAGAUUGCCAUGUUUUGUGGCCUUCAGCUUCUGCACAUGAACCUAGAGACCGGCCAGUGGGAACCGGACCCUCAGGGCCACCAGGGCUGUUUCACCGAGCCCAGCCAAAUCUUGUCCUACUGUCAGGAGAUGUAUCCAACUCGGCAGAUCUCCCAUGUAGAGGAGUCAUCGAGUCCUGUCACUAUCCCUGCCUGGUGUAAGAAGGGCUGGGGUCACUGCCAGACACGUCCUUACAUUGUCCUCCCCUACCGCUGUCUAGAGGGGGAGUAUGUGAGUGAGGCCCUGCUGGUUCCUGACCGCUGCCGUUUCCUCCAUCAGGAGCAGAUGGACGCCUGUGAGAGCUAUGUUUACUGGCACAACAUCGCUAAGGAGGCAUGCACGGCAGAUGGUCUGGAGCUCCACAGCUAUGGGAUGUUGUUGCCAUGUGAAGACCGUUUCCGGGGCGUGGAGUAUGUGUGCUGUCCCGGAAGGGGUGGUUCCAGCGGCAAGGGGAGACAGAUGGAGGAGAGGCUCUCCGCUACCGGACCACAGACACUCACUUCUCAGGCCAAUGGAAAACUCAAUUCUGGCCUCAAAGUGACAGUACCCACUCCUAGCCCUUCACCAGACACGGAUGUGGAUGAAGCAGAUAUGGAGGAGGAGGACGAAGAGGUGGUGGAGGAAGAGGAGGAGGAGGAGGAGGACGAGGUGGAGGAUGAGGUGGAGGAAGAGGAGGACGAUGAUGAUGAGGAGCAGGAAGAGGAAACACCAGCGGUGAAGGAACCGGAUGAGUAUGAGUACCCAAUCGACUCGGGUCCCUACCAGGCCUCUGACUAUCAGUACUCCUUGUACUACGAGAAGAGCCAGGGACGCAAACCCACCACCUCUGUACCUCUGACACGAGGAGACAGCUUGCCCACACCUCGCCCCACAGAUGGUGUUGAUGUUUAUUUUGAAAUGCCGGGGGACGACAGUGAGCAUGCCAACUUCCUGCGUGCUAAAAUGGACCUGGAGGAGCGGAGAAUGAAGCGCAUCAAUGAGAUCAUGAAGGAGUGGGCGGAGGCGGACAACCAGUCAAAGAAUCUGCCGAAGUCUGAGCGACAGGCCCUCAAUGAGCACUUCCAGUCUGUGCUGCAGACGCUGGAGGAGCAGGUAGCCGGGGAGCGGCAGAGGCUGGUAGAGACUCAUCUUGCCAGGGUGGUGGCUACACUCAACAAUAACCGCCGCCUGGCCUUGGAGAGCUACUUGACAGCAGUGCAGACCGUGCCCCCACAGCCAGAGCGUGUGCUGCAAGCUCUGAAGCGGUACAUGGCUGCUGAGCAGAAGGACCGCAGACACACUCUCAGACAUUACCAGCAUAUCGAGGCUGUGGACCCCCAAAAGGCUGAGCAAAUGAAAUUUCAGGUGUACACACAUCUUCAUGUGAUCGAGGAGAGGAUGAACCAGAGUCUUGCUUUGCUGAACAAGGUCCCUGCCCUGGCUGAGGAGCUGCAUGAUGAUAUCAAGGAGCUGGUGAAAGCAGAGCGAGGAGACAUCAGUGAGCUCAUGACCACUUCCUUCUCAGAAACUCGCACUACCGAGGAACUUCUGCCGGCUGAGAGCGAAGAGGAAAAGGACGAUGAAGAGGAGGAAGAGAGAGCCUUCCAGAAUAGGCCCUACCCUCCCCGUAUUGAACCACAACCAAAUAAGAAAGUGUCUGCAAUGGAUGAAUAUGAUUACACAACGUCCGAACGAGGUCCCACUUAUGAGUAUGAGGAAAAGAUCAACACCUCUGUGGAGCUCAAGCAGGUGGUCUACAAGUCUGCUGACAUCCAGAGAGAUGAACUGCAACCUGACGCCCUGGAGACUUUUAACCGCGGCGCCAUGGUGGGCUUACUGGUGGUGGCUGUGGCAAUCGCCAUGGUGAUGGUGAUCAGCCUGCUACUGGUGCGCAGGAAGCCGUAUGGUACCAUCAGUCAUGGCAUUGUAGAGCAGGUCGACCCCAUGCUCACCCCAGAGGAGCGCCAGCUCAACAAAAUGCAGAACCAUGGCUACGAAAACCCUACCUACAAAUUCUUUGAACAAAUGAACUGAGGUGCUGGGCCUGGCAAAAGGGCCGUGCCCAAUCACUUGUUUCCCCCCUCACACACACACACACACACACACAUACACACACACACACACACACCCACACCCACACCCACACCCACACCCACACACACACAGACAUCAUCCCCACCCCACCUAUAAAGGUGGAGUCCCAGCUACAUUGUAUUUAUGAUGUAUUGUGACGAUUAAAUAACUGACAAACAAAAUGGGGUACAUUGAAAAACACAUUGUAAAUGACCAGUAACAACCAAUUAUCAUCACCAGAAUGUGAAUUGAUGGAUCUUAUACCAACUCACCUUAUCUACUGUAAUCUCUUCCUCUCUCCUCUUCUGGUGUAGAAUCAGAAGAUUUGUCUAUUUCAUUUUCAGCACUACAGCUUUCAGAUAGUGUUGGCCAACAAUGUACCAACACUCCUAGGCUAGGAGGAUGGUACCUCCUCCUCUAUGAUGAGACUAGGAGUCGCAUUAGAUGAUACUAGUCCUAGUCUAGUCUAGUCAUCAGAUGAUACUAGUCCUAGAUGAGACUAGG